UGAUGAGACCAGGUCAUCCCCCAGGUGGUCUCAGAAUUCCCCUUGAAUUUUUCCCAAAACUGACCUUUCUCUGGGGGAAAGAAGCUUCACACUCGAGAAGUCUCCAGAACAUUACUUUACUACCUGGACAGUGUGACAGAUAUUGCAACCCCAGGCAGUAUCUUUGGGAACCAUGCUAUGAAAUCUAUGGCAGCUCCAUAUUGAGAUCCUGAAGUCCUCUCUGUCUGUCUGGAACAGCUUCCUCGGUGCAUGAGGUAUAAAACAGAGGCAACAACAUCCCCGGAUCAGCUUAGUUCUUGUCAGUCCAAUCGGUUGGAUCAACUUGAGACGAGCCUUGGAACUUGAAAUCGGCUAUGACCGCCCCAAGCCAUGAAAUGUGGCCAAGGAGCAAAGCUACCAAGACUGGCCCCGGGGACUUACCAGCACCAGUGAAGAAGGAGGAUCUAACCCUGGACCCAGACAUGGCCCAUCCCCAGCUGGAGAUCUCGAAGGAUGGGAAGGAGGUGAGAUGUGGGAGUUUCACAAAGAACGUCAGCUCCAGCCCAAGGCGAUUCGACACGGCCAACUGCGUGGUGGCCCAUCAGAGCUUCAGCGCGGGGCAGCACUACUGGGAGGUGUCCGUGGGCCGGAAGCCGCGCUGGAACCUGGGGGUGGUCUCGGACCGAGCGGAGAGACGGGGCAGAUUGAUCCAGACUAAAUCCUGGUUACCGUGGUCGGAUGAUUUGUUCUGCACCGAGGGCUACUGGCUCAUCGGAUACAACAAGCAGAAGGCCGGGAAGCCAUACUGGGCGUUUGACACCAACCCGAUGCCCUUUGACUGUAGCUCCCACCCUGAGACCAUCGGGGUCUAUCUCGAUUACACAGACGGGGAAGUGACCUUCUACAACGCCGAUGACCCUGGUAAUUUGACCCCCCUGUACUCCUUCUACAACGCUGACUUCAGGAGCGCCCCCGUCUACCCCGUCUUCGACCCCUGCUGGCACGACAACGGGGGCAACGAACAGCCCCUUAAAAUUAUGUGACUGGCUGAUUUGCUAGUGGGGGUGGGGACCAAAGCAAUUGCACCCUUGGGGCUACCCGCAUAUACCUCGGGCUAGCCAGCUUCACAGCACUGCUCUGAGCCGCACUAACCUCACCCAGCGACCAGGCAAAGCCGGCACGUUUCGCUCAGACAGGCCGGGGCGCUGGGACGGGGCAGUGAAAAAGCAGCAAGCUGAGACCAUGAGAUACUCGCUCGCUAUGGUACAUUCACCCUCCUUCCCAGAGCUAUUGGAGGGGUUUUCCCUUCAGCAACCCACCCCCCUAAGCCCCUUCCUCCAGUGGGUUUGUCUUGAGUAGGAUAAAGAAUGUUUCCUAAUCACAAUAGCUAGGUAGAGAACCCCGGAGUCCUGGCUCCCAGGCCACCCCUGAUUUAACCACUAGACCCCACUCCCCUCCAGCAUUGGGGACAGAACCCAGGAAUGAAAUCCAGAUUGCAUCUGGUGUUGUCAUUCUCACCUGAGCAAAGUGCCCAUAAAACGCCAUCCAGAGCAUGAAUGAAGGGACAAGCUCAUGGGGAGGGGUUAAUUCUGCUCGCAAACACGCCGAUGUACGUCAGGGGUGUCCCAUCAGGGACCUCAGGGAUGAUUCCCCACGUUCUCCCCACUGCAAAUGAGGAGUGACUGCUGGAGUCACUCCCAGGCAAAGCCAGUGUCAGAGCGAGGACAGGGAGAUUCGGAGUUGACACUGGAUUGGAUUUACACUGAUCCAGAGAGCACUGGCCGCCGUAUCCCUUCAUACUGCUAUCUGCAAACUGCUGUUGGCCCUCACUGAGCUCCAGCCCAGGGCUUGUGCUUCUCUGAUGAUUUUAUUUUACUUUGCUCAAUAAA